AAAAAAAUGAUAAACCGAACGCCCGAUAAUACCCUUCUACCAAAUACCAACGCAUUCACUCAUCAGUCAUCACUCACCUUUGCACACCUCGCUGCUUCGUCUUCCUUCCCGUUCUUUUAUAAGGCCCCGGCCCCGGGCUGCGCCGCCGCUCGCCUCUCCUCCCUUCCCUUCCCCGUACCGUGUCACUCUCCUCCCCGGUUCGUCGUGCGGAGGGCCAAAGCUUCGAGGAAGCAGAACCCUAGCGCUAGCGCUGUUGGAGUAGUAGCCUACGCCCUACGGCCGAUGGCUGCGGCGGCGAUCCUGCCGGAGCUGGGGACGCAGGUGCUCAUCCCGGUCGCGGCGGCCGUGGGCAUCGCCUUCUCGGUGCUGCAGUGGGUGCUGGUGUCCAAGGUGCGGCUCGCCCCCGAGCGACGCGCGGACGGCGGCGGAGCCGUCAAGAGCGGCCCCAGCGACUACCUCAUCGAGGAGGAGGAAGGGCUCAACGACCACAACGUCGUCGUCAAGUGCGCCGAGAUCCAGAACGCCAUCUCCGAAGGAGCUACAUCUUUCCUUUUCACUGAGUACAAGUAUGUUGGAUUAUUCAUGGGCAUCUUUGCAAUCCUUAUAUUCCUCUUCCUUGGGUCCGUCGAGGGAUUCAGCACAAAGAGUCAACCUUGCCACUAUAGCAAGGACAAGACUUGCAAGCCUGCCCUUGCUAAUGCCAUCUUCAGUACUAUAGCUUUUGUGCUUGGUGCGGUCACCUCACUGGUUUCUGGUUUUCUUGGAAUGAAGAUAGCAACUUAUGCUAAUGCCCGGACAACUUUAGAGGCCAGAAAGGGCGUCGGGAAGGCAUUUAUUACUGCCUUCCGAUCUGGUGCAGUUAUGGGUUUCCUGCUUGCUGCCAGCGGUCUUUUGGUUCUUUAUAUUGCUAUUAAUUUGUUUGGAAUUUAUUAUGGCGAUGACUGGGAAGGUCUUUUUGAGGCUAUUACUGGUUAUGGCCUUGGUGGUUCUUCUAUGGCUCUUUUUGGCCGUGUUGGUGGUGGUAUUUAUACCAAGGCUGCUGAUGUUGGUGCCGACCUUGUGGGGAAGGUAGAAAGAAACAUUCCUGAGGACGAUCCAAGAAAUCCAGCUGUCAUUGCUGACAAUGUUGGUGAUAAUGUUGGAGAUAUUGCUGGAAUGGGAUCAGAUCUCUUUGGCUCAUAUGCUGAAUCGUCAUGUGCUGCUCUUGUUGUGGCCUCGAUCUCGUCUUUUGGAAUCAACCAUCAAUUUACUCCAAUGGUGUAUCCCCUUCUUGUCAGCUCUGUUGGUAUUAUAGCAUGUCUCAUAACAACGCUGUUUGCAACUGAUUUCUUCGAGAUAAAGGCUGUGAAUGAAAUAGAGCCUGCUCUCAAGAAACAACUUAUAAUAUCCACUGUUGUGAUGACCAUUGGCAUUGCGCUCAUCAGUUGGCUUGGUCUUCCAUACACCUUCACCAUUUAUAACUUUGGAGCCCAGAAGACAGUGCAAAGCUGGCAAUUGUUCUUGUGUGUGGCGGUUGGUCUCUGGGCUGGCUUAGUCAUUGGUUUUAUUACUGAGUACUACACAAGCAAUGCCUACAGCCCUGUACAAGUUGUUGCUGAUUCCUGCAGAACUGGAGCUGCCACUAAUGUCAUUUUUGGGCUUGCUCUGGGUUACAAAUCAGUCAUUAUCCCAAUUUUUGCUAUUGCGUUUAGUAUCUUCCUUAGCUUCAGCCUUGCUGCCAUGUAUGGUGUUGCUGUGGCUGCUCUUGGAAUGCUGAGUACCAUUGCCACAGGCCUUGCUAUUGAUGCCUAUGGCCCUAUCAGUGAUAAUGCUGGAGGCAUAGCUGAAAUGGCUGGGAUGAGCCAUAGGAUUCGUGAGAGAACUGAUGCUCUAGAUGCUGCAGGAAACACCACUGCUGCAAUUGGAAAGGGUUUUGCUAUUGGCUCUGCAGCCUUGGUAUCCCUUGCACUCUUCGGUGCCUUUGUAAGCCGGGCUGCUAUCUCCACUGUUGAUGUUCUGACUCCUAAAGUGUUCAUUGGGCUUAUUGUUGGUGCUAUGCUCCCAUACUGGUUCUCGGCAAUGACCAUGAAAAGUGUAGGCAGUGCUGCACUCAAGAUGGUGGAGGAAGUCCGCCGGCAGUUCAACACCAUCCCUGGGCUCAUGGAGGGCACCACAAAGCCUGACUACGCAACUUGUGUCAAGAUCUCAACGGAUGCAUCCAUCAAGGAGAUGAUCCCCCCAGGUGCUCUUGUUAUGCUGACACCACUGAUCGUUGGGAUUUUGUUUGGGGUUGAGACCCUCGCUGGGGUCCUUGCUGGUGCCCUUGUCUCUGGUGUUCAGAUUGCCAUUUCUGCAUCCAACACUGGUGGUGCCUGGGACAACGCCAAGAAGUACAUUGAGGCUGGAGCUUCAGAGCAUGCCAGGACCCUUGGCCCAAAAGGUUCUGACCCUCACAAGGCGGCUGUCAUUGGUGACACCAUUGGAGAUCCUCUCAAGGACACGUCUGGCCCCUCCCUCAACAUUCUCAUCAAGCUUAUGGCGGUUGAAUCCCUUGUCUUCGCCCCCUUCUUCGCCGCCCAUGGUGGCAUUAUCUUCAAAUGGCUCUAAAGAUAGCGACAACGUUAGUUAGUCGCAAGAGAAAGGCCGCAGUUCUGCGGCUGCGAGGGGAAUAGAGCAGUAUGUCAGCUAUACAACAUCUAUGGCAUGUGCUUUGCUCCUCCACUUGAUUAUAGCCCCCGUUGUGUGUUUCGGUUUCUGUUUUCCUGGAGUUUUUGGUUCCAGGCUUCCGACCAUGUUUUGAUCCCAUAAAUUCUCCUCCAGCCUUCGAGCAACUGAGUCCAUCUUCGUAAGUCAUCAGCCCUAGCCAGACAUUGAAGCAUCGGAAAACUUUAAGGGCUUGUUCGUUUUGGUGAUAAUCCACAUGUAUUGGGUGGGAUUGAGCCGGUUUAAAUCCAUAACAAGUCAAAAUACAUCUCAAUCUCACCCAAUACACUUCAAUACACAUGUAAUAUCAAUAACCGAACAAGCCCUAAUAGUUUUUAGAGAUAUGGUGAUGAUUAUGAUGAUGAUUAAUCUCAGUUUUUUUCCUUUGAAAGUAAUUAGCAUGGUCUUUGCUUGAGAUUUUGUUCUCUUUUCAAAACGAUAUGCAUGCGAAAUGGAGGUGAUGUUUUUUUUUGAA